GUGACAUCCAUGGAUGAAUUCUUGAGGAAGUUUUUCCCAUCAGUGUACUUGAAGGAGAAAAAUCUCUCUGGUCACCAUUAUAAUCAGUACUGAAAAUUUGAAAGUCAGAUACUUCAACCAUUCACCUCUUCGCUUUACAUAGCUGCACUGAUAGCUUCCAUCUUUGCCUCUGCAACAACGAGGGUCUUCGGCCGGAGGGUCUCCAUGCUUUUUGGAGGGACUGUGUUUCUUGCUGGCGCUAUCCUUAAUGGUCUUGCCAAAAAUGUUGCAAUGCGUAUCGUUGGUCGUCUAUUGCUAGGUGUUGGUGUUGGAUCUGCUAAUCAGUGUGUGCCGGUGUAUCUAUCAGAAAUGGCACCAGCAAAAAUUAGAGGUGCACUCAACAUUGGCUGUUCAAUGGCUAUUACAGUCGGUCUUUUCAUUGCCAACUUCGUGAACUAUGGCACUUCCAAGCUCAAGGGAGGAAACGGUUGGAGAAUUUCCUUAGGUCUCGCAGCUGUCCCUGCCAUCGUGAUGACACUGGGAGCUUUCUUCCUGCCAGACACUCCCAAUUCCCUUAUAGAGAGAGGCGAAAAGGACAAGGCAAGAGGGAUGCUGCAGAAAAUCAGAGGCACUGAACAUGUUGACGCUGAGUUCCAAGACUUGGUUGAGGCGAGCGAGGCUGCAAAGCAAGUGAAACACCCCUGGAAGAACAUCAUGCAGCGGAGAUAUAGGCCUCAACUUGUCAUGGUCCACCUCAUACCGUUCUUCCAGCAACUCACCGGCAUCAAUGUCAUCAUGUUUUAUGCUCCUGUUCUUUUCAAGACACUGGGCUUUGGUAACGAUGCCUCCCUUUUGAGUGCUGUUAUAACUGGCCUUAUCAAUGUAUUUGCUACAUUGUCGUCAAUCUUCUGUGUCGACAAGUUUGGGAGAAGGGCAUUGUUCCUUGAAGGUGGCAUUCAGAUGCUCAUUUGCCAGGAAUUUGUUCAUCAAUAUGAAAAUGAUAUUAAUUUAACAUUCAUAAUGUGUAUGGUUGUGUAUAUUUGAAUUGUUUCAUUAUAGAUUGCUGUAGGAACCAUUAUAGGAAAAGUGUUUGGGUCGCUGGAGUAGGAAGCAUCAGCAAAGGGUAUGGCAAUCUUGCAUUGGUGCUUAUAUGCUUAUACGUAUCCGGGUUCGCAUGGUCUUGGGGUGCAUUGGGGUAGUUGGCACCGAGUGAAAUCUGUCCACUUGAGAUUCGAUCGGCUGGGCAGUCCAUCAACGUCUCCAUGAACAUGUUCUUCACCUUUGCCAUAGCUCAGGCCUUCCUCUCCUUGCUCUGCACCAUGAAGUUCGCUCUCUUCUUCUUCUUUGGCGGAUUUGUGCUCAUAAUGACCGUUUUCGUCUACUUCUUCUUGCCCGAGACCAGGAACGUCCCCAUUGAAGACAUGAACAGAGUGUGGAAGGCACAUUGGUUCUGGGGAAAAUUUAUCCCAGACGAUGAGGUCACCAAAUAGAUUAAGUUCUAGUUUUGGUGUAUGUCUAACAAGGUCCUCAACUAAUCAGGUACAAUAAUUGAGGAUAGGGCAUGCACAUCAAGCAAGGUCACGCAUUAUGUUCUUGUUCAUUAGAUUUUGCUCUCCUGUCCAUAGAUAUACAAAUAAUGGAAUCAUGAAAUGGAAUUUAUCUUUGGUUUUCUGGUGUUCGUUUUCAAUGUUUUUUCACACAGUGUUCCUGUUGACCGUGCAUAUUA